AUGACGGACAUGUACGACGAGCCCAAAAAAUAUGAAGGCAAUCUCAGUCCCUAUCCCCACAACGAAAUCACCGAACCCGGCCGUGCCAAAGACCCCGUGGCGUACUUGCUAGCUACGGAACAGCGCGCAAGGGAACGCCAGGUCGCUUACGAGACGGUAAAGCUGCUCCGCCAGCGAGUGAUUCAUUGCUACCGCAAAGAAGGUGUGAAUCAUUACGAAAACUGUCGCCAGGAAGCCCAAGAUCUAUUCGACAUAAUUACCAAAAAGGAUUUGGGUCAGCUACAUCCUAAGUGGGAGAAGCCGGAAAUGAACGAUGGAUGGUAA